AUGACGUUGCAAGCAGAGACGUCCGCCUCUUUGUCUGCGCCCUUGCUUGACUCUCAAAGUGAUGAAUCAAAACCAGAUUUGGUUUCGGCUCCUGACGGCACUGCCACACCGCCAGCUGUUGAAAGAGGCCGACUAGAAUCGAAAAUUGGCUAUGAGAGCGGCAGUUCUAGACGAAUACGUAAUAGAACAAUCACAAGCGACACAUUACGGCCGACGGAUCUUGACGCUGGUGCUGUCGACAGUGCUUUGCUGCGAGAGCUUCAGCGGCCGCAUCGGGAGAGCACACCUAGUGCUAGCCCGCACCGAAAGAGGCAAAGAAUAAACGGAGAUCGAUUUAUUCCAACUCGCUCGGGCCAAGACCUGCAGGCUAGCUUCAGCCUAUUACAUGAAGAUGGUUCACCUGCUACCCCCUCUAGGCAGAAGAAGAGAACACCCCAUGGGGAACUGCAUUUUCAAAAAACCGAGGAGGCCAACCGGACAUUCUCAACUCUGCUUCGGGCCGAGCUCUUUGAGAAUUCUGUGCCGCAACAAAAUCAACCGACUCAUUCCCCGGAGAAUACGACUAGAAAUCCUUCCGCAGCACAGCCUAACCAUGCAACACGAGCGCGCACACCCCCAACCAAUCCCACUUCAUCUCUCCCUUCAUCACUCACUCCCUCAACGCCUCAUAAGAAUCUGUUUUCAUAUGUGUCCCCUCGGCACCAAGGCCAUGUAGCGGUUCACCCAACGCCUUCUAAGACGCCUCAAAGUCGCCAUGGCCCAAAUUUGGAUACGAGAGCAGAAAUAUAUAGCCUAUCACCAGUUCGAUUUGGAAGCCAGCAACUUUUACUAAGCCCACGUCGACAACCUCGAGCUGUGAGCAAGGUGCCAUAUAAGGUCCUUGAUGCGCCUGAAUUGGCCGAUGACUUUUAUCUGAACUUGGUGGACUGGGGAAGUGCCAACGUCUUGGGAGUGGGCCUUGGGUCUAGUGUGUAUAUGUGGAAUGCCCAAACAAGCAAGGUCAACAAGUUAUGCACUUUAGAGGAUGACACUGUGACAAGUGUCUCCUGGAUACAGAAAGGUACACAUCUUGCAAUUGGGACAGGAAAAGGCCUGGUACAGAUCUGGGAUGCUGAGAAAACAAGGCGGCUCAGAACAAUGACUGGCCACACGGCUCGAGUGGGUUCUUUAGCUUGGAACACACAUAUUCUCACAUCGGGAUCUCGCGACAGAUUGAUAUACCACCGAGAUGUCCGAGCGCCCGAUCAAUGGCUGAGGAAACUGGUUGGUCACAAACAGGAGGUUUGCGGGCUGAAAUGGAACUGCGAGGAUGGUCAACUCGCUAGCGGAGGCAACGACAACAAGCUGAUGGUGUGGGAUAAGUUAUCGGAGUCGCCGUUAUGGAAGUUCUCUGAUCACACAGCCGCUGUUAAAGCUAUCUCCUGGUCUCCCCAUCAACGUGGUCUCCUAGCGUCAGGCGGUGGCACUGCGGAUAGGAGAAUCAUAUUUCACGAUACAGUCAAGGGUACCGUCGUCAACGAAAUCGACACCGGAAGCCAGGUUUGUAACAUCGCUUGGUCGAAAAACUCCAACGAGAUCGUGUCUACCCAUGGAUAUAGCCAGAAUCAAAUUGUGGUCUGGAAGUACCCGUCAAUGACACAGGUCGCUAGUCUUACCGGACAUACAUAUCGUGUUUUGUAUCUGGCAAUGAGCCCAGACGGCCGGGUCGUUGUUACUGGCGCCGGUGAUGAGACUUUGAGAUUCUGGUCGAUUUUCGGUCGUCGCUCCGGAAGUAGAGAAGAUGGAGAAACGGGCGGCGGCAAAUUCGCAGACUGGGGCGUCAUCAGAUAA